AUGCAUAUCUCUUCUCUCCUUCUAAGUGCAGUCACUUUCAGCGGUGUUUUUGCUGUUCCCGCAACAAAUGCAGAUCCAGCUCCAAGUGUUUCCAACAAUAAGACAACAUCCAAUUUCUGGUUUGCUGGUGUCAAUGAAUCUGGUGCUGAGUUUGGAACUGCAAAUAUCCCUGGGAAAAAGGGAACUGAUUAUACAUGGCCCGUGGAUUCGACCAUUGAUACCUUGAUGGGCAAAGGGUUCAAUAUAUUUAGAAUUCCGUUUCUCAUGGAGCGACUUGUUCCAAACUCGCUCACUGGCGCUGUGGACUCAGCAUAUCUCAAUGACCUGAAGGCAACGGUCAGCCAUAUUACUGGAAAAGGCGGCUACGCAGCUAUCUGUGCUCAGAACUUUGGCCGUUAUAGAGGCAGUGUCAUCUCAGACACCUCCGGCUUUGGCACAUUCUGGAAAACCGUCGCUAGCCAAUUCAAAUCCGACUCCCAGGUGAUCUUCGACACUAACAACGAAUACCACGACAUGGACAAUAAUCUUGUCGCGAAUCUUAACCAAGCGGCUAUUAACGGCAUCCGGGCUGCAGGCGCGACUUCGCAAACCAUCUUCGUCGAGGGAAACUCAUAUACUGGUGCAUGGACUUGGGUUUCAUCUGGCACCAGCACAGCAAUGGCUGGACUGACGGAUCCAAACAGCAACAUUAUUUACGAGAUGCAUCAAUAUCUUGACAGCGACGGGUCCGGGACCAAUGCGAACUGCGUUAGCGGAACAAUUGGCUCAGAGAGGCUCCAAGCCGCAACAGCGUGGUGCAGGAGCAACAAGAAAAAUUGUAUUUUGGGAGAGACAGCAGUUGGCUCUAACAGUCAGUGCAUCAGCGCCAUUCAAGAUAUGCUGAGCUACAUGAAGUCAAACAAUGAUGUUUGGAGAGGGUGGCUGCUCUGGGGCGGUGGACCAUGGUGGGCUGAUUAUAUGUUCUCUAUGGAGCCGCCGUCUGGCAAGCAAUAUACUGGUGUCCUGCCUUCGAUUCUGCAGUAUAUCUAG